AUGGUAGUCACUUGCAAUAGUUUGGGCCUCUUUCUUAGGGGUAGCCACCAUAUCUGGCGCGACCAGAGCCAACGUCGGCAAAACGACACUCGCGUGUGGCAGAUUGGCGAUAUUGCCUUCUUGAAGCCAUACGAACAAUUCAACGAAACCGAGCACUUGGAUAGCGGUCGAGUUCAUUCUAAGGCGACGAACCACCCGGUCAUAAUCCUUGACCGCUCGAGCGACAUGCGAAGAUUUACUGUUACCACAGUAUCCGCCUACUCUAGUGGUGAAGAUAAUGACUAUCUCCCACCUUGGGAGCAAGCAUGCCACCGGAUGAAAGACAUCAACAGCUUCCGCGCUUUUUACGGGUCUCAGAAGCCAAACGGCAACUCUCGCCACCUCCACCUCGCAGACGGAAAGAUGUGGCCUAAGCCUAAAACAUCCUGGGUUUAUAUUCAUCAUUGGUCAGUUGUGCCUGCGUCGGUUCUCAUCCAGUAUGACAAACCCCGGUGCCAACUCCGCAUGGCCCCAGAAAGUCUCCAAGAUCUACUUGCGGAUAUGAAUACGAAAUCCCAUGACUACCAGUCGCGAUGGACGGCAUCUAAUACGAUCCCAACGUUUUUCAUACCGAUAGAGAAGAGAGUCAAAAUGGAUCGUUCCUGGCGCCAAGACGUCAAAGAAAACCAGCAGCUCUUGUCAGAUAAUGCUGGCCCGCGUUUCCCUACUGUGCCCAGUAGUGAACCACGGAGUGCUUUGACGCCCAAGUCAACAAACAGAGCCGCAAAAAGGCACGUUUGUGAAAACCCGUUCUCGUUACUGGUGGAUCGCAACUAG